AUGGCCAAGAAGGUUUCCCUCCGUUUGCCCCGUCCAGACGACGACUCGGUGUCCAGAAUGCCUCCGCAAUCACGCAGUACAUAUAUCAACCACAUCCUCCCGGCUGAAAAGACGGCGAUCGACAAAGAAGGUCCAAACCCCCAGCAUAUUUCAGUAGAGCGACGCUACGUUGGCGUUCUUGGCGGCUUCCUCAUCGAACCUGUCAACGAGACGGCGCGUGGUUGUCUCUCAGUUGAUAUCGAGAACCACCAAGGGUCGUAUGAGAAACUCGUCGAGCUUGGGCGGUUCUACUACAACAACUACAUCCGGCAUUUCAAAUCCGCCGCGGUCCCCACGCCUAAGACGCCAUCUCACCCCUCUAGACCGUCCUUCGAUAGGGUUGCGGAUGAGAUCGCGCCUCGGCUCGUCCAUAUCCCGCAUAAUCACUCGGAAGCAAAGAAGCUUGCACUCUUCCGUGACGGAUGCCAGUGCAUGCUGACUGGGAAAUUUGAGGACAGUAUGGUGGAGGAGUACCCGAGCAGAUUCCCGCCGGGCGCUGAGAGUUGGCUUGCCCCCACGCGUUGUGCACAUAUCAUACCCGAGUCCAUCAACACGUUCACGCCCUCUACUAAUCCCGAGGUGAAGCUGCGACGUGCCGUCGACUUGGCGGCAGGCUUCUGGUCGGUCUUGGAACGCUUUGGUUAUCCCAACGCGCGGACGGAAUUGAGCGGGCGCAAAUGUCACCGGCUGAGCAAUGUCUUGACCCUCUCUGUCGAGGCUCAUGUGGUAAUGGGUCGCUUGUGCCUUUGGUUUGAGAGCACUGGCGAGGUCUGUCCGGGGAAUGGGUGGCCCGCUCAAGUCACGUUCCAAGUUCGCGACGACCUCGGGAUCCCCGAGCUCCUGCGUCCUAAAGAGGGCGGCUCGGAGUUGCCCAAUCCCGACUACCUCGCACUCCACGCCGCUUGUUGCAAAGUCGCGCACCUGUCGGGUGCGCCUCUCGAGGGCUCGAUAUUCCAUGGCCCCGAGUCGCACCGUGUUCUUGCACAGGACGGUAGUUCGGUGGUCGUCCUCUGUGAAGAACUGUACCGUCUCGUCGGUCCCAUGUAA